GCAACACAAGCCGCCCAGACGGCACAGGCAAUGGGCCAGGCACCUGGGAUGGACGCAGUCCUUGGUGCAACGGAGCGCGCCGCUCAAGCGGCGGAGGCGCAGGCGAGCGCCACCAAGCAGAAUUACCUCGUGAAGGCCAUCAAGGUGAAGAGCUGGAGACCCAGCAACAGAGAGGAGGAGCUAAGAAGUUGGAGGGACUGGUUCUUCCAGUUCUGCACGUGGCUGAAUGCCACAGACAACAAGUAUGAGGAGGAGGAGGUCGGCCUCAUUGAUCUAGAUACCCCCUGCGACCAUGAGAUCAUGCCGAAUGACUCGGUGGAGCGCAGCCAGCGUGUGUAUGGUGUUUUGUGUUCCCUAGUCAAGGGAAGACCUCUCCUCAUCAUACGGGGCCUGGAGAAGGAGAAGAACGGCUAUGAGGCCAUCAGGACCCUGGCCAGCGUGAAGCAGUUGGCCAUGUGGAGCUUCAAGGAGGGGAGCGGGCUUCAUGAGCAGCUUAUCGCCUACGAGGAGGCGGUCCGCACCUACGAAAGCACGAGCGGAAAGAAGUUUCCCGAGGACUUGUCGGUUGCCACCAUCGUCGGCAACCUCAGUGAGCCUCUCAAGUCGCAAAUUCAGCUAAGGUUGUCGGACAAGACGCGGUACACGGAGGAGGUGACCAAGGUCAAGUGUACAACCUAUGGACGUGGACAUUGUGAAGGGCGAGAAGGGCAAGAAGGGCGAGAAGGGCAAGAAGGGAAAGGACAAAGGAAAGUCCAAAGGCAAAGGCGGCGACAAGUGGAACAACCAUGGCCAGUGGAAGGGCCAGGGCGAGGAAGGGACAGCCGGGUUGGAAAGGAGGCGGCGCCGGCAAUGGCCACAAGUUUCCAGGGCAGUGCCACAACUGCGGAAAGGCCGGCCAUUGGAAGAACGAGUGCCCUCAUGCACCCUCUGCGGGGAAAGGGCAACAAGAUUCAGCAGGUCGAGGACGGCGCGGCAUCCAUGGCACCUUCCUCGAACGACCUCCGCCUUUACCAGCGCAAUGGCUUACAGGACUCCGUCUGUGCAGCAAGUCCGGGUUGCUACUUGAUGUUUGACGUCAGCGAGGAGGGCGACUUCGAGGGGUUUUCCUUGGACGGCCAAGAGGUGCUCAUGAUUUCGGCUGAGGGUGUUUUCGGGAAUGCCGAGGUGUUCCCCAUGGACUACUCCGACGGCGACGGUGAGUGGGAGUACAGCCCCUGGACCGGGAGGUGGAGCGAGAAGAUUCAGAUGGUCCAGGUCUGCAGCCGGGACAAGAAGACCUUCUCGGCUGAGGUGGUUGUGGACUUAGUCGGGGCGCGGACGUGUCGGUGGCACCGCUGGCUUACAGGCCUGCGAGAAGGUGGCGCCAUGGAACAACUCAGCGUGGUUACGCAGGACGCCCACCAG